AAAUUUUCCUUUAAAACCAAAAAAAUAAAAAAACAUAUUUUCUAUUCUCCAUCUGAAAAAUUAAAAAACUCCAUGGAUUUUGUUCAAUCUUCUGAACAUCUUUGCUACGUUCGAUGCAACUUUUGCAACACUGUUCUUGCGGUUGGAAUUCCAUACAAGAGGCUAAUGGAUACUGUGACAGUGAAAUGUGGCCAUUGUAGCAACCUUUCUUUUUUAAGCACUAGACCUCCAAUUCAAGGCCAAUGCUUUGAUCAUCAACCCAAUCUUCAUCAGGAUUAUUGUAGUGAAUUCAAAAAUAAGGGCAAAGCUUCAUCAUCUGCCUCAUCAACUUCAAGUGAACCUUUAUCUCCAAAGGCACCUUUUGUGGUAAAACCUCCUGAGAGGAAACAUAGGCUUCCAUCUGCUUACAAUCGGUUCAUGAAGGAAGAGAUACAACGUAUCAAAGCUGAAAAUCCAGAAAUACCACAUAGAGAAGCUUUCAGUGCAGCUGCUAAAAAUUGGGCUAGGUACAUUCCUAAUCCACCAAAUGGAUACUUGUCUGGAAAUUCCAAGAAUGCUUAGAUGUUGAAUUGAAGCAAACAUUGAGACUAUAUUAUAUGUAAUAUUAAUGAUGUUUUCCAUUUACUUGGGAGAAAACAUGUAGGAUAGUUAAGUUUGUUGCACUUAUCCUAUAGUUUGCGUUGAUCUUUAUCUAAUUUGCUAUUUAAAAACUUUAGUUAAAACAAAGUAUAUCCUAUGCUAUAUUAUUAUAUUAUUA